AUGGACGACUGCAUGAUUGCAGCGCCAUCUAAAGAGCAAUGUGAAAAAGACACUAUUGCGUUACUUUGUCAUCUAGCGGAGGAAGGUCACAAGGCGAGCUUAUCAAAGCUGCAGUUUGUAAAACAGCAAGUGAAAUUCUUGGGGCAUCUGAUAUCAGAACAAGGCAAAACUAUUGAGCAGAACAGAGUUGCAGCAAUACAAAACAUUCCAAAGCCUAACACAAAAAAACAACUGAUGUCAUUUCUAGGCAUGUGCUCUUAUUGUAGGACUUUCAUACCAAACUAUGCAGUCCUCGAAGCACCUUUGAGCGCAAUUGCUCAUGGGAAAGGCCUACAGGCCCACAGUGCACUGACUUGGACACCAGAGGCAGAAAAAGCCUUCGUAGAUUUGAAAAUGGCUUUACAAACCACCCCAACAUUAGGGAUUCCAGAUCCAAACGAAUUGUUUGUACAAACAGUUGAUGAAAAAAGUGGUUGUAUGACAUCAGUGCUAUUACAAAAUCAUGGUGGGAAAAUGAGACCAGUGGCCUACUUCUCUGCUAAAUUGGAUCCGGUAGCAGCAGGCCUGCCAAUGUGUUUAAGAGCAGUAGCAGCAGCUGAGAAAGCAGUUAAUGCUUCUAGAGAUAUUGUGGGAUACAGUGAACUAACUCUUUUGGUCCCACAUGCAGUGUCGCUUCUUCUUCUUGAACAGAAAACAGCACAUAUGUCUGCGGCACGUUGGCUGAGAUAUCACACUAUUUUGCUUGACAUGCCAAAUGUGAAAGUAAAACGCUGUACUGUGUUAAACCCUGCUACUCUUCUCCCUACAGAAGCAGAUGGAGAACCACACAAUUGUGUUGCAGUUGUAAAUGAAAUUUGCAGUCCUAGGUCUGAUUUGCAGGAAACGCCGUUGCAGAAUCCAGAUCUUGAGUUUUUUGUGGAUGGAUCAGCCUUCAGAGAUCAGAAAACAGGCCGCAACUGCGUGGGGUAUGCAGUAGUAACACAACAUGAAACGAUUAAAGCAGAAUCAUUACCAGAGCAUCUCUCUGCGCAGGCAGCCGAAUUGGUUGCUUUAACAACAGCAUGCAGGUUAGCAAGAGACAAAACUGUCACCAUUUAUACUGACAGUAGAUAUGCAUUUGGGGUAGUACAUGAUUUUGGUACAUUGUGGAAAAACAGAGGUUUCCUGACUUCUUCAGGUAAAGCAAUCACGCACAAUGGCCUGAUUUCUGAACUCCUGGAUGCAAUCCUGUUGCCAAAAUCUAUUGCCAUAUGUAAGUGUGAAGCACACACUGGGAAACAUGACCCCAUUUCACAGGGCAAUGCGCAAGCAGAUGCAGCAGCAAAAUCAGCUGCGCAGAAACUGAUUUUUUUCGUCAGAGAACGACGAAACUUUGUGUAUGUUGCAAAUAUGUACUCCCACAGCAGAUCUCAAAGAUCUUCAAUCACAGUCUACAGCCCAAGAAAGAGCCACAUGGAGGAAAGCAGGAGGUGUGGUAAGAGAUGGGGUUUGGUACGGCCCUGAUGACAAGCCAUGUUUGCCAAAGAAAUUGUUUCCAUUCUAUGCUAAAUUGGCACAUGGCCAAGACCAUGCGUCAAAAGGGGGGAUGUAUAACAGUGUCUCCAGAUACUGGCACACUAAAGGCUUUGCAAACUAUUCCCAGAAGUUUUGUGAGAAAUGUAUAGUGUGUGCAACAAACAACAUUGGCCGAGGCGUUAAAGUCUCCCAGAGCGCCCAUCCUCCGCCACAGCGACCAUUUGAACACCUUCAGAUGGACUUUAUUGAACUGACACCCAGUGAAGGCAAAAAAAUACUGUUUGGUGAUAGUGGAUAUGUUCUCUAAGUGGGUGGAAGCUUUCCCCACUUCCAAACAGGAUGCAAGUGCAGUAGCUAAAGCACUCCUGUCUGAAAUUAUUCCUCGUUGGGGAAACCCUGACAAAAUCAGUAGUGACAAUGGGACUCCAUUUGUAAACCAAGCACUUCGACGGGUGGGAGAGUACUUGGGUAUAGAUCUCAGACAACACUGUGCGUACCACCCUGCCAGCGGAGGGGCGGUGGAGCGAGAAAAUGGUACGCUAAAGAAUAAAUUGGCCAAGUGCUGUGAUGAAACAGGUCUAUCAUGGGUAAAGGCCCUUCCCAUUGUGUUAUUAUACAUGAGAACGAGAACUAGAGGGAGAGUGAAUUUAAGCCCAUUUGAGAUACUGUUUGGCAGACCCCCAAAUACAGGAAUUGAGCCUGGACACACACCCAGAUUAACCACAAGCCAAUGUGAAGAUGAAAUGCUGUGUUAUUGUGCUUGUCCUCUGUUUUGUCUCAAAUCCAUAAGCAGGUGAAGGAAGCACUGCCUAAGGUGACGCAAACAGAUCUGCACAGUCUCAAACCAGGUGACUGGGUGGUGGUGAAGGAUUUCAGGAGGAAAAGCUGGAGAGCCAGGCGGGGGCUGGGACCAUUUCAGGUACUUCUGACAACGCAGACUGCGGUGAAGGUUGCAGAGAGAGCAACGUGGAUUCACGUUAGCCACUGUAAGCGUGUUCCUGAGCCAGAGGAAAAACCAACACCCGACAGCUGCAAAGAGGAAUGAGAAGGGGCAUCAGGGCACACGGUGACGUGCUAGUAACCUCUCCCGUGAGCUCCAACUGACUUUCCACGACGCGUAUAGUGUCUGAGUCAGAAGAAAACCCUGAUACAACGCAGCAGCCGACACCGAGAAGGAGCAGCGUCAUCUGAAGGAGUAACAUCCACACACACACACACACACAAGAAUGUAAACACAAAUGUAAAUGAAAUUAAUGAACUGAAAGAGGUAAAUGUGACAGACACUUAUGACAGCAGAUGACGACAGCAUUACACAUUUACGACAGCCAGACUCCCGUACAAACACAAAUAUAAGAUCUGACUUCUACAAUCGAUCAACAUUGAUGAGUAAAAGCUCCUGUUAAGAUGAGGAGCCUGUUUGACUAUCACCCAAGAGUUUUAGGGAUCAUUGGCAUCCUUAUGAUCUGCCUGUUAAUUAGAGGGAAUGCAGAAAAGACUUCCACCUUUGGUAGAAGUCGCAGAGACGUGCAUGAAAACACUUAUUGGCAAUUUGCCAACUACACUGCCAAAAUGAUCACAAAUGAGUCUUGUUAUGUGUGUAUGAUUCUCCCCACAGCUGCGAGUAAACACACAAUGAUCCCCAUGAAAAGUAAUGGUAGUGAAUUGAAAGCCAUAGCCCAAUACUGUAGAAAUUCUUACUGCAUGUGGAAGCAGGAUGCUUAUAGAGUCCAGAAUGGCACACAUUUGAGUCUGGUGAUAAAUUCACCGGCCUCCCUGUGGUGUGAAGCUGGUGGUGCAUGGCCGUUCUUAGUGGGAGGACUGAUUUAACUGGUACCACCAUAUGUCUACGGACUCUAAUGCGUGUGACAAAACGAACAUUCAAGGUAAACCAAACAAGAGUUAACACAUUUGUUGCACAGCCUCCUCCUAAAUUGAACUACACACACUGUUUUGUAGGUACAGGAAACAUACCGUUAGGUAAUAUUGGCAGCCGUAGGUGCACUCAUUUAUAUUACCCAUAUUCUGAUGACGGAACCUGCCCACAGGCAGAGUGUUCCCUCAUUCAUCCAUCUGACACCGGCAUAUUACUCAGGGCUGACGACUGGUACUGGGUCUGUGGUAAAAACGUGUAUCUAGCCCUACCCCGUAACUGGGGAGGAGUAUGUACUUUAGCAAGGUUUAGGUAUCCAGGUGUGGUCAUAGCUCACUCACACUCACCAAUAAAGCGACCCAAGAGAGAGGUGUCUGAUAAUGACUUUCCUCCGCCAGAACAUAGACUGAAACCUAAACUGAGUAAAUUCUUUGAUUCCUUCUUCCCACAGUAUGGGAUGACUCAGGUUUGGAAUCAACUAGAAGUCACACAUUAUCGGCUUGCCACUUAUAUUAACUCCACUAAUCGGGCAACCGAAGGCAUUAAACAGGAACUCGCGGCCCUUAGAUUGACUGCUACACAAAAUAGAAUGGCCUUAGAUAUUCUAUUAGCUAAAGAGGGAGGUGUAUGUGCCCUGAUUGGAGAUCAAUGUUGCACCUUCAUUCCCUCGAACGAUGACGACCAUGGGUCUAUCUCAGAUACACUGCAUGAUAUGCACAAAGUAGCAAACCAAAUGAAACGAGACGAACACGGAGAUAAUCGUUGGGGACCUUGGUAUACACUGUUCCUGACAGUGGACUCCCUAUCUAUCAAUGAUAAUCCCAGUGAUUGUGGUAUUACUCUUAUUAUGUUUGUUUGGCCCUUGCAUAUACAAAUGCAUUCAUUACAUCAUAAUGUCCAAUCUAACGACCAAACAACUUGUGAAACUAGACGAUAUUGACGAUGACCCUGAAUGGAGUCCUCCGUUCAGCGAUGACUAUUUCACUGAAUUUGCCCAGACUGAUCCAGAAACAGACAAAGGUGAAUACGGACAGUAGAGACU